UCGCGUCUCGGCGCCACAUUCCAGAAGUUUCUAAACGCCGGUCAACGACCCCGGAGGGCCGAGGCGUGGCGAGGCAGCCAGACGAUAUCCUUCAUCCCCACCGCCCUCAUCCGCAGAGACAAGACAUACGGGAAGGAUAGAGAGCGGAGGAGGAGGAGGAGGAGGAGGAGGAGGAGAGUGUGUGAGUGAGUGAGUUCUUCGGAGAAGAAGAAGAACCAGUGUUUGUUUGGACAUAGUGUCUCUGAGAGCGAGAGAGCUGAUCCAAGGUCAAGGCCUCCUCCAACCCUCCUGCAGUCACAUGUCAGCAGGGAGCUCCACCCCUGGAGGUCGCUGCUGUUGCUACUCCAGCUGAGCGACCCACAUACUUGAACGUUGACUCCGAGAAACAACCCAGACUGAGAAAUUCAGCAAAGAAGAGACAGAUAGAAAGAGACAGAGAGAAAGAGGGAAUUCUCUCCGAUCAUCUUCCACCGAGUCCACCUUCUGGGCCGUUUCCAGUGUGCCGGGAUUCCAACACAUUUCUCCCGUGUGCCGUGUUUUGGUCUCCGUCUCUCCCCGGAGGUGGCAGUCGGCCCUCCAGACAGCAGAGGCGUCUCUCUUAAUCCAUGAGUGAGCUUUGCCUUGCUUAGACAGAAGGUCUAAGGGCGGCGGGACAAACCCACCUCCAAGAUGCCGGCGAAAACGCCCAUGUACCUAAAAACCACGACUCCCAGGAGGGGGAAGAAGCUGAGGCUGCGGGACGUGCUCUCAGGCGACAUGAUCAGCCCCCCGCUGGGCGACGUCCGCCACAGCGCCCACGUGGGUCCCGAGGGCGAGGGCGACAUGUUCGGAGACGUGGGCUUCCUCCAGGGCAAGAUGAACAUGCUGUCGUCGCUGAACCGGCCGCAGAACAACAACGGGCGCUCGCACAGCAUGGAGCGGUGCCUCGACGAGGGCUUCGCCUCCACCCAGAAUGCGCACGACUACUCCUACAACGGACACCACUACCACCACUCCGCCGCGGGCCUGCUGAAGACCACCAUCUCCAUGCCCGUGUUCAUCGCCCAUGAGCAAGCGCCGCCCAAACCCCCGCGGCUGCACCUCGACGACCCCACCACCACCACCGCCACCACCACCACCACCACCACCUCUCUGAGCUCCCACUUCCACCAGCUGCCGGACUGCCACACCCAGAGCAACACGCACAGGUAUGCCCAGAGCAACGGCUUCAGCCAGGGAUACCACCAGUACCAACAGCAGCACCCGGUGCUGUACCACUGCGAGAACGGCGGGGUAGGCCGCCUGGCAUCCGAGCCCUGCCGCGACAUCUCCAUAUCCCCCGCCCUCCGCAGGCUGGUCCCGUCCUCCGGCUCCUUCUCGGAGGUGUCCUCGGAGGACUCGGCCUCGGAUACCUGCGGGCCCCUGGAGCCCCGGCAGGGCCUCAGCCUGGACUCGGACGCCGGGCUCAGCAACGAGGACCUGCGGAGCGAGCGGAGCGACUCGCCCUGCGCCACGGGUCACGCGGUGGGCUCCGCUUCCUUCCCAUCGCCCUCCUUCUCAUCCUCGUCCCCCGCGGGCAUGUCCCGGUCGGGCUCUAUGGCCGGGCUGGACCUGGAUCUGGGGCCGUCCAUCCUGGAGGAUGUGCUGAGUAUCAUGGACCGCUACAAGACAGUGGAUGACCGCUGUGAGCUGUGAAGGAUGGGGUGUAUGUGUGUGUGUGUGUGUGGGGGGGGGGGCAGUUGACGAGCUCACAAAGCGUGUUUAUUGACACUUGGUGUAAGUGACGCUUUGAAAGUCUGCGAAGAGACCAUUGGACAAUAGGGAGGGGAGGGCGUGUCUGAUUUAAAGGGACAGUACAGCAUUUGUAAAAUAGAAACAUACCAAAAGGGGCGAAGAAUGUCAAUGAACACAGGUGCCAGAGGCGCCGCCAGGGGACUUUGUGUUGAUGUCGUCCCACACUACAAAAGCCGAGGCAAUGGACUGGUCCUUAUGAGCCUUGUCUUCUUUUAGAGCUGACCCAUCUUCGAAGAUGGCCUGUUUUGACUGCAUCCAUUUUUUGAGCAAGCCUCUUCAAAAGA